AUGUCGGUCUUCCCCAGGCCUGCGGGUAACAGUGUCGGCCGGUCAGAGGGGACGGUCCCAAGCAGGACGGAGUUCCCUUCGUUUCCGUACGACAAGCCGUACGAAAUCCAGCUCCAGCUGAUGCGCGCCGUGUAUGCCGCCGUGGAGCACGGCCAGGUCGGAAUCAUGGAGAGCCCCACAGGUACGGGCAAGACUCUGAGCCUCAUCUGCAGCGUGCUGCAGUGGCUGCUGGACGAGCAUGAGCGGCAGGCCCAGAGCGCAGCGGGCAACCAAGCAGAGCAACCUCCCAGCGCUGGAAAAGGUUGCGAAGAUGGCAGUAACAGUGGCGACCGCGAAGACCGUGGCGACUGUAAAGCCUCUGAAGAUUGUGAACCAGAUUGGCUCAGGGACUAUGAGGGGGUGAAAGAGCGAGAGGCUGCGGCCAGGGUGUGUGCGCAGCGGCAGCAGCGGCUGGAGCACCGCAGGCGGGAGAGAGAGGCUGCUAGCGCGGACGUGCUUGGGCCGGGCGGCAUUCGGUGGCAGCAUGUGCAGGUGCAGGGGAGCGGUGAGGAUUCUCAGGGGAGGUGGGGGCGGCGAUCGUUUGGAGGGGCGAUUGCCAAUGGGGAUUUGAUGAAUGGGAGAGGUGUGGUGGGGAAAGGGAGUGGGCGGAAGGAAGGCGAUAUGGAGCCGGAGCAGGGGAUUGGGGGUUGUGGGCGGGAGGAAGAGGAGGAGGAAGAGCAGUUUUUGGUUCCGGAAUGGGAGAGUGAUGACGAUGAUGGUGGAGGUGCUGCUGCUGCUGCAGGCAGGACAGGGCAUGGACGGAAAAAGCGAGCACGUGGAAAGGGAGCAUCGGGCGCGAGUGACAGCAGCAGUGACGAGGAGAGUGGUGGCGGUGCUGCUGCUGCUGCAGCGCGCAUGGCAGGCACGAGGGCAGCUGAGGCUCUGGCAGAGGAGUCGCUCAAGGUGUUCUUCUGCAGCCGUACACACUCGCAGCUGUCCCAAUUCAUCACAGAGCUGCGUCGAACGCCCUUUGCGGACCAGCUUUUCACCGUGUCCCUCGCCUCUCGCAAGAACCUCUGCAUCAACCAGUGUACGUGCGCGGUGCUGAAGCUGGGCAAUGCGAGUGCCAUCAGCGAGCGUUGCUUGGAGCUGCAGCGCCUGGCAGCGGAGAGGAAGAGCAAGACGAGCAAGCAGGGCGAACGGGACCAAGCAAGCAAGGGCCGCACGAGAACAUCCCCGUCUGCAUCCGCGUCUGCGUCUGCCUGUGGCUGUCCGUACUGGGGCAAGGCGCAGCGGCAGCAGCAGUUCCUGCAGCACCUUGUGGCAGCACCGCCGGCUGAUAUAGAGGACCUGGGGCGCCUGGGGUCACGGCACAAGCUGGGAGCGGGGAACCGGCGGUAUGUGCUGCAGCUGCAGGUUGUGGCGCGAGGCAUUGGGGCUGUCAUUGCGAGCGCUAAGCAGCCACGCAUGCAGGGCAUAGACGAGUUCCUCUUCUCCCUGGCUGUCGACAACAUCAACCUCUUCAAGCUGCACCACUACGUGCAAGCCUCCAACAUAGCCCACAAGGUGAUGGGCGUUCAAUCAAUGAUGAGCUCGGGUUUUGACCCGUUCCGAGAGGACAAGGGGACGGUGAGGGGGAGGGGAGGGGGAAGGGAGGGGGAGUGGAGGGAGAGGGGAGGGGGAGGGCAGGGGAGAGCAAGAAGGGCAUGUGAGCUCCUCGUAUCAGCGCGCGCCAUCAUCCUGGCAGGCGGCACGCUGCAGCCCCUAGACACCAUGCUGGAUCAGCUCUUUCCAUCCCUGCCCCCUGUCUCCUCUGUCCACCCCUUUUCCCCGCCCCUCCCCAUUUCCCCGCAGCUCCUCCUCCUUGUAUCAGCGCAGGCCAUCAUCCUAGCAGGAGGCACAUUGCAGCCCCUAGACACCAUGCUGGACCAGCUCUUUCCGUCCCUGCCGCCUGCGCGCCUGCGUCUCUUCUCCUGUGGUCACAUAGUUCCCGGGGAGAGCGUACUGCCGCUAGCAGUUGCCAAGGGGCCGUCUGGAAAGAACCUUGAUUUCACUUUCCAGUCACGCAGCGAUCCAGCCAUGCAAGUGCCAGGGCCAGGCAGGCAUGGUGAGGUGAGGGCGAUCAGAAGGAUCCGUGAGGCUCAGAUGGGACACGCAGAAGGGGAGGAGCUGGGGUCUGGGGGGUUUAGAGUGGACGUUGCUGGUACCAUACCUCACCUCCCUCUCCACCUUUCCCCCCACCCCCCCCCACUACAGAUAGCAGAGCUUGGCCGCCUCCUCGUGAACGUGUGCUCCGUGGCGCCGGGCGGCAUCGUCGUCUUCUUCCCCUCCUUCGCGUACCUGCAGGAGGUGCUGUCCGCCUGGCAGGCAGGGGCAGCAGGGGGGGCAGUGCUGCCCAUGCUGGAGGCUCGCAAGGGCGGCGUGUUUAUUGAGCCCAGGGGCGCUGCAGAGGUGGAGGCCGUUUUGGGCCAGUACAGAAGGUGCAUACAGGAAAGGGGGGUGCAGGAGAAAGGGGGGGGCCAGGGUAGGGGCGUUCAGGGGAAGGAUAGUCAAGAGAGUGGGCAGGGAGGUGUGGGUACCAGUGGGGGUGAUUUGCAGGCGGCGAAUCGGGUGUCGCCACGUGGCGCGGUGCUACUGUGCGUGAUGGGGGGGAAGAUGUCGGAGGGGAUCAACUUCAGUGAUGAUAUGGGCAGGGCAGUGGUGGUUGUGGGCCAACCGUUCCCCAGCCCGUCAGAUCUGGAGCUGAAUGAACGGAUAAGAUUCAUCGACAGGCUUGCGGGCAGUAGCAGCCGCAGCGUUGGCCCCGGUGAUGCUGGUGAUGAUGGUGCUGCUGCUGCUGGUGUUGAUGGUGGAGCUGCUGCUGCUGGUGUUUCUGGUGGUGCUAUUGGCAACAGCACGAGCGGAGCAGGCACGCGCCCAUCUGAUACGGGGAGUCAAGACAGGACUGCGAGCCUCGGAGACUCGUCUGUUGGGGAGGGAGCGGUGGCACUGGCAGCGGCGAUGCGGUCGUGCGGGUCCAAGGGGCGGCAGCUGUACGAGGAUAUCUGUGCCAAGGCCGUGAACCAGUCCAUUGGACGAGCCAUCCGCCACCGUGGCGACUAUGCUGCGAUUCUAUUGGUUGACGCUCGUUAUGCGCAUGCUGAUGGCAAGGGAAUUGCCGGGAAGUUGCCAAGCUGGAUCAAAGCCCAGCUGGUGGUUUGCAACGGAAGCUUUGGGGAGGUUCCCAGACGGUUACGACAGUUUUUUAGGCACAAUGAAGAAUUCGGGAAGGGCAAGUAG